GUCAAAGUUUUGCUGCCUCUGUCACAGAGAGAACAGUUCACUUAACUGCAGCAACAGUACCUUAUGUGAUACCCAUCAGCAUCAUUCAUUGUGCAAGUUUGGGUUUGUAACCAUGAUGUCAAGAUUGUUUUUUCUACUUUUCUGUGGACAUGUUGCACUAAACCUGGGAAAUGCUCAGAAAUUGCCAAGAGUUAAGAGACAAAGCCUGAAAGUGCAGAUUAACACAACUGGUGACACCAUUUGCAUGAAAUAUCUUCGGCCAAAUCCAAACACCAAGCUCGAAGGUUUCAUUGUGGGGUAUGGAAGUAGCUUCUACUCCAACCAAUAUAUUCCUUUGCCCACAGAUGGAAAAUCCUACAUGACUGAAGUUGAUGCAGAGCCAAGGUACUUGAUUGUAGUGCGACCUGCACGCACUUCAAAUAAGAAAACCUGCUCAGGUCAGACCAAGAUGUCCAAACCUCUGCAACUGGUAGUUGGCACUUUGACCCCAUCCUCUGUCUUCCUUUCCUGGGGCAUCCUAGUCAAUCCACAUCAUGACUGGACUGCAAUGAGUAACUGUGCUAGUGACAGGUUUUAUACAGUUCGCUACAGAGAAAAGGAUAAAAAAAAGAAGUGGGCUUUCCAGCUUUGCCCAGCUACUGAGACAGUGGUGGAAAAUCUGAAGCCCAACACACUAUAUGAAUUUGGAGUUAAAGACAACACAGAAGAUGGGAUUUGGAGCAAGAGUUUCAAUCACAAGACUGUUCUAUCUAGUAAAUCAAUAAGUGGACAACUCCAGAAUACCUACAAGGUGGUACCUAAUGGCCAAACUCAGCUCACACUGCGAGAUCCUAAGAAUCUUGUCCCUGUUACAAUUAUCAAGCAAGUCAUUCAAAAUAUCACACAACGGACCUCACCUAAAACCACAGACAGAGACAGAUCCUCUCUGCCAAUACUAGUGCAUCUUAUCAUUCCAGGUCUCAAUGAAAGCCUGAAAAAACUCCCUCCUGCCCUGUCGAUAGACGAUAUAUCUCAAACAAUCGAGAAAAAAUUCUCAAAGAAUGAAACUCUGUUGUGGCCUGCUGAAUCUAAAACACCAGAAGUGCAAGAACUCUCCCCACAGUCCCUCCCAGGUACCAGUGAACCACUCCAGGAAAGCAUUAUGCCUACUGUGCCUGGUGCCCUAGAAAAAUCAGAGGCAUCUUUGGCUCACAGUGACAGUGUACUGGAUUCUGCAAAACCUAGUAUGACCCCUAAGCCUGAAUUGCCAUUGAAUAAACUGGCUCACAGUGAGAGAGCCAGUAGACUUGAAGAAACUAAAUCGACUUCUAAACCUGAACUGGCACACACUCCAACCACUCUGGCUACAAGCAAGCUUCCAGAACUUCCUAAAACAAAAACAUCUCCCCCACUACGAAAACCUGCAGGAACAUUGGUUACAAGCAAGCUUCCAGAACUUCCUAAAACCAAAACCUCUCCCACACUUCUAAAGCCCACAGGAACAUUGGUUACAAGCAAGCUUCCAGAAUUUCCUAAAACUGAAACAUCGCCUCCACUUCUCAAGCCCACAGGAUCAUUGGUUACAAGCAAGCUUCCAGAAGACCCUAAAAUUAAAACAUCUCCCCCAAUUCAAAAGCCCACAAAACCAUUGGCCACAAGCAAACUUCCAGAGUUUCUUGUCACUAAAACAUCUCUCCCACUUCAAAAGCCCACAGAAUCACUGGUUACAAGCAAGCUUCAAGAACUACCCAAAACCAAAACCUUUCCCCCACUUCUAAAGCCCACAGCAACUUUGGCUUCUAAAGAAAUGCAGCCGAUUUGUUCUGGAUCUAAACCUUCCGAUCUUCCAAAAAUGCCACAGACAAAAUCUGCUAUCCUGAGACCAACUUCGCAAUCCACAUCUCUCCCUCCCAUGGAAACCCCAAGGACAUCAAUGGCUUUUGAUGAAACACAGCUUGUUUCUUCAACAGCCAAAAUGCCUGGCAUCCUAGAAUUGCCACCGACUGAAUCUGUAACUGUUCGAACAACUCUCAAACCUGUUACACCUGGUGCUAGUAAAAAGGAGUUUGUUUCAUAUGACUUUCUGCCUGUUUCCUCCAUUCCCCAAACUCCAGCAAUAUCACAGAUAGAAUCUGCUACAAAUAGUGCUGAACUGGAAACAUCUAUGCCUCUAAUUUCCAGAAUACCUCAUUUGUUAGGAACAACAAUGGUUUUCACUGAUAAGCAACGUGUUCUUUCAAGCCCCACAACAUCUGAUGAGCCUGAAAUUUCAGAUCCAAAACCAGAAAAAAGUGAACUUCCUUUGGAUUCACCCACUGCUAAAGUCUCUAAUCUUCUUAAAUGGCCAAAGGCAACAUUGGCUCCAAAUGAAACAUCACUUGUUCCUUCUAAACUGAAACCAUCUGCUACUCCAGAAGUACAGCAUGUGAAACCGGCCCCUAAACCACCACUUUUGGAGCGUAGUACGCCUAAAACUUCUAGGAUUACUGACUGGCCAAAAACAACACUAGCUCCCAGGGAAACAAAGUUCAUUCCUUCUACAACUAAACCAACUGCCAGACCCAAAAUACCACAAACUAAACCUGCUCCCAGUAAAGCAAAACCUACUCCUUACAAACCUAAAGUCUCUCUCCAACCAGAAGAACCUAAGACAAGACCUGCAGCAACCAGGGAAUCUGUUCCUGUUCCAGUCACUACUAAAGUUUCCCACACCCUUGAACAUCCAAAGGCAACAAUGGCAUCAUAUGAACCACAGCGCACUCCAUCCAAAUCUAAAGCAUCAACAAGUGCCGUGCCAGAAAUGACAUAUAGCGAACCUGAAUCAAGUGAAACACAGUUCAUACCUUUGACGGCAAAAUCAUCUGUUGAGCCCAAAAUGCCUCAAUCUAAAGCUGUCCUGGAACCUAUUACACUUAGAACUGAACCACCAAGGUCAGCAAUAGCUCCAAAAGAAACACAACAUGUUCCUUCUAGGCCUAAACCAUCACCCAAAACUCACAUACCUCAGACUAAACCUGUCCUGGAUCCUAUUACACUUAGAACAGAACGACCAAAGACUGCAAUAGCUCCAAAAGAAACACGACGUGUUCCUUCCAAACCUAAAGCAACGCAGAGCCCAGAGAUGCUAUCAACCAAACCUGUGCUGGAACCCAUUACAUUUAGAACUGAAAAACCAAAGGCAACACUAGCUCCUAAAGAUGCACGGCGUGUAUACUCCAAACCUUCCAAAACAGUACCCAGCCCAGGAGUGCCACCAACCAAAGCUGGUCCCAAAGAGACUCGACGUGUCCCACUGAAACCUAAAACAACAUCCAGCCCAGAUGUACCACAGGCAAAAACUGUUUUGGCACCUAUUGCAAUUACAACUGAACAACCAAAGCCAACAUUAGCUCCAAAAGAGACUCAGUAUGUUCCUUCCAAGCCUAAACCAUCACCUACCCUAGACGUACCACAGACCAAACCUGGAUUUAUCUCCAAUUUUUUUCCAGCCGAAAUCAUUCCAUCCCUCCAAGAACCAGUCACUACUAUAACUCCUGAACAAACAAAGGCAACGCUUGCUCCAAAAGAAACACGGCUCAUUCCUUCGAAACCCAAAACAUCUCUCAGGCCAGAAGGACCACAGACUAAAGCUGCUCCAAAAACAACAUCCUUUGGAUCAAUUAACCUUCAUCUUGUUCACAUUGUUGAUGGGUCGAAAGUGACUUUGGUUCCAAAUGAAACAACUCAGACUUCCUUCAAUCCCAAAACUGCUCGAACACCUGAAAAUCCACUGUUGAAAACUGCUUCCGAUGUGGUUCAUACAGGAACCUCUUCACCUAAAAUAACAAAACCAUUUGGCAAGCCAGAGGCAACCCUGGCACCACAUAAAGUACAGCUCCCCUCUGGAAGAGCAAAGGCAUCUGAUAAGCCACACAGCAGACCUGCUUUAAGCAGAACUACACCAGGACCUGGUAGAACAAAAACACCUGGCAUCCUGAGAUGGGAUAGACCAACAACAGAUGGUCUCACAGAAGAAGAUAUUGUCAAGUUUACUGGCAAGGACUUAGGCAUAUCAUGGGAAUCUAGUGUUUCAAAGAAAAGGCCAAUCUCUGAAAUGUUGCCACCUGAUCCUCAGCAUCCUCCUCUUGCUCCUGCCAAACCCACGCAAGUGCGAAGAAAACCAUUGCCUCCAAGCACUGUGACUGGUAAACCAGGGAGUCCAGUAAAUGUCUUGGUGCCACAAGUUCCUCCUUCUCCCAUGACCACUAUGACCCGAUAUGCAAAACCAACUAAUUCUGUGAAGACAGGAGCACCCAGAAAAUCUCCAACAGCUUCUGCUACUCCAGAAGAUUUUGUUGGUGCAACUGUCUUCAGCUCAAGCCCUACAUCAGAGACAGAUUCAUUGGGCAAACCUCGAUACACAGCCCCUCAUGUCAAGUAUAUGAAAAAAGAGGAAGAUGUGCCAUGUUCCAUCACAAGUUCACUUGAAUAUUUCCCACAAGAGGAAGGUGGCAGCAAGGAAGAACCUGCUCAUCCUCCACAAAAUCCUCCUACUAACCUCACUGUGGUGACUGUUGAAGGCUGCCCUUCCUUUGUUAUCUUGGACUGGGAAAAACCAGACAACGACACAGUUACCGAGUAUGAGGUUGUAUCAACUGAAAAUGGAGCACCUACUGGGAAAAACCAGUCAAUUAUUACUACAAAUCAAACUCAUUCUGCAGUGGAAAACCUAAAGCCUGAUACAAGCUAUGAAUUCCAGGUGAAACCCAGGAACCCUCUCGGUGAAGGUCCAAGCAGCAAUACAGUGGCAUUUAAUACUGAAUCAGCGGACCCAAGAGUGAGCGAGCCAAUUUCAAUGGGAAAAGAUGCCAUCUGGACUCAAAUCCCAUUUGAAUCUGACUCCUAUUCAGAGUGCAAAGGGAAACAAUAUGUCAAGAGGACCUGGUACAAGAAGUUUGUGGGAGUGCAGCUGUGUAACUCCCUGAGAUAUAAGAUAUACCUCAGUGAUUCGCUUACAGGAAAAUUUUACAACAUAGGUGACCAGAGAGGACAUGGAGAAGAUCAUUGCCAAUUUGUGGACUCAUUUCUAGAUGGAAGGACAGGACAGCAAGUUCCGCCAGAACAGCUACCAGCCAAAAGUGGCUUUUUCAGAGCAGUUCGCCAGGAGCCUGUCAAGUUCGGCAAAAUAGGGGGUGAGACGCAUAUUAACUAUGUUCAUUGGUAUGAGUGCGGAACUUCAAUACCCGGAAAAUGGUAGAUGCUGCAUGAACUUGAUCAUGAAAAAUUCCCAUCAUUAGACCCACCUGCCUUCCCCGAAACAAGCUCAGAGAUGAAAGAGUUUAUGAUAUUCCUGUCAUUUAAACAAGUUUGCUAACGUGUAAAAGUUCGUAAAAAUCUAAUGACAAUACUGCAUUGUGUAAUAGCCUAGGCUGCUUACUGUAUUUAUCCAGUUUUACAAAUUUGUUUUAGGUUAAAACAAGGUAAGGAUAUGUUGUAGGAUAAUGUCUGGGGAAGCUGGCUCCCUGUUCUUGGUAUCGUAAGGUACGGUUUAUAUGGUAUUUUAAAAGAUUCGGUGUGUAUAUUAUUUAUCACAAUGUUGUAAUGAAUGUUCUGAGGCACAAUGGUGGCAAAGUUGACCAGGAAACUGCAAUAUGCAUUAAUUUUAAAUAUUCACUGUUUUUAUCAUAAUAUAUAAUGCCAUAUGCUUCUUGUCCAGGUGCUUCUGUAGUCUUGGGCUAUUUCCCCACUCUACUUAAACUGUAGAUUCAAAAAACAAACAAACAAUAAAAGACAUGAGCGCAGCUUGUAGAAGUCUAUGCAGCCUCUUGCCAAAGACCUGAAUGUUAGAAACUCUGCCUGUUUGUAUUGGUUAGGAACAUUGGUUUAUAGUCUAUCUGCAUCCAAGUUAAAAUUCAAGCUGAUCCAGAUUCAAGUCCCUCUCCCUGGUAUGCUGACUGGCAGUAAUUUUUCUUCAUAUAAGCAUAUGUACUUGGGAAACAGGAUUAACACUGGCUUGCUGCUGUAAAUGAUUUACAUAAAAGGUAGUAUUUUCUGAAUUUCAGACCGGCUGCCUGACAAGCCAAAUGGAUAGCACAACAGGGUUCUGUAAGAUAAUGUGUGAAGUGGGGACAGGACUUCCCUGAAUCAUAUUUACAUGCCAUUUCCUAGCUAAUCCUAGCAUAACCAGGUUCUCUCUAUAAAAAGAUAGAGACAGGCUUUGAAGAACUGUUUGAUAGUAGGAGACAAAGGGAAAAUAGCAAUAAAUGAAUUUUUAAAACUGCUUUUACAGUAUUUUGAUUAAAAACUCACUUACCACUUCUUCCCCCCCCAACAAAGCUAUUUGUUGUAUUGCUUGAACAUUUAUGAAUGAAAUAAAGAGAUGUAGUUUUUUUAAGUAAGGCGUUUAUUCGUUACAUUAAAAAUGUAUUGACGGUAUGAACAGGAGCACCAAGGAAAUAAUAGAAGUCAUUUAUAGAAAAUGCCUUAAAGUACAUUGCAGGUACACUGUACUCCUAAUAAAGUAUUUUUUAAUCAUGUAAA